UUCGUCGUCAUCCUAAUAAGCAGCUGGUGCGACCACGUCGGUCCGUACAUAUCACCCCCAUUGUCGGAGGUCAGGCGAACGUCUCCUCCCCACAGCACAGCAGAGAUUCCAUUCCAGCUUUGUCCCUGUAAGGUCGAGAGUCCCAGUCAUCCAUCCACCAACGAUAGACCCAAAAUGGUAAAUUCACGCGCCCACUGAAGUUCCCAGAAGAAGGAAGAGGGAGGAGGUCUCUCUCUCUACCUACACCUAUGGUGGGUGAGCUUUUGGGGGUCCUUCCCUUCAAAGCAAGGAACCUUGUGGAGAGCAGAGAUCUGAAAAAUUCUUGAACUUAACACACGCUUCUCAUCAACCUUUCCUCUUUAUCUUAUCUCUCUCUCUCUCCUAACAAGAUCACUAACCAACCAUCGAAGUCUCUCUCUCUCUGUGUCCAAAGCUGCUAUUCUCUGUGUCCAAAGCUGCUAUUGCGGAGUUCUUGAAGUUCAUAUGAUGAAGAUCAAGCUGCUCGUCACCUGCUUCAUGCUGGCCUCCAUCGUCUUCUCCCUCCUCUGCAUCCCCUCUAAACUCACCGUACCCAUCACCAGAUUCAGGCCCUCCAUUGCCUUCAACCUCCAGAAGACCAACGCCUCCUACCCGGUCACCUUCGCCUACCUGAUCUCCGCGUCCCAAGGCGAUGUCCCGAAGCUCCGGCGCCUGCUGAAGGCGCUCUACCAUCCCGGGAACUACUAUCUCAUCCACAUGGAGUCUGGUGCGCCGGAGUCGGAGCGACAGGAGGUGGUGAAAUUCGUGUCCGAGGAGCCGGUGUUCGGCUUGGUGGGCAAUGUCUGGGUGGUGGGCAAGCCCAACCUGGUCACCUACCGAGGCCCGACCAUGCUGGGGACGACCCUGCAUGCCAUGGCCAUGCUCUUGAGGACUUGCCGGUGGGACUGGUUCAUCAACCUCAGCGCCUCCGAUUACCCUCUAGUGACUCAAGAUGAUCUGAUACAUGCCUUCUCCGAGCUGCCGAAAGAUGUCAAUUUCAUACAACACAGCGGUCGUUUGGGUUGGAAAUUCAACAAGAGGGCCAAACCCAUCAUGAUAGAUCCUGGACUUUACAGUACUAACAAAUCAGAAGUGUGGUGGGUAAUUAAACAGAGGACUCUGCCAACUGCCUUUAGGCUCUAUACAGGUUCUGCUUGGAUGGUACUAUCCCGGUCUUUCUCCGAGUACUGCAUCGCUGGCUGGGAAAACCUGCCUAGGACCCUCCUCCUUUAUUAUGCCAACUUCGUCUCCUCCCCUGAGGGCUACUUCCAAACCCUUGUCUGCAACUCUGAGGACUACAAGAACACCACCGCCAACCACGACCUCCACUACAUCACCUGGGACACUCCUCCGAAGCAGCAUCCUCGGUCGCUCGGCCUCAGAGAUUACCGGAAGAUGGUCCUCAGCAACCGGCCCUUCGCCAGGAAGUUCAAGAAGGACGACCCUGUCCUCAACAGGAUAGACCGUGAGCUGCUCAAGAAACGGCGAGGUGAGUUCGCUUUCGGAGGUUGGUGCUCUGGGACGACGAAUGGAGGAAAGCCGCGGAGGACUUGCUCGAAUCUGCAGAGCUUGGACUACGGCAUCCUUCGACCAGGAGCUGGUGCUAGGAAAUUGAAAACCUUGUUGUCGAGGCUUUUAUCGGUUAGGAAUUUUAGUAGGCGGCAAUGUAAAUGAAAAUAUCCCAUCUUCCCCUCCAUGAUGCGAAGGUGGAGUUGCGAGUUUAUACAGCGAACGUGGCGAGCGGAAUUCGAGAACGUCGAGGCUGCUUGUUCUCAGUCGGAUUUGAGAAUGACACCUUCAUGUUCCACUUGGUGUCACACUGGAUUUUGAGGAAGGGGCUGUCCGUAAUUCAUGUAUAACGUCGAUUCUUUUCAAUCUCAAAACAGAAGGGCAUGUCUAGUUGCCACUAGACGGCACUAGACAAUUUUUACAGUGAAUAUGAUUAUAUGGGGAGAUGCGCCUUGCAGGAAUUUAUCUUGUAUGCACAUCAUCAUUAUCGACCA